CAGCUUUCGUGGCGGGACGGAUUCCUUUGACAUUGCUCAGAGGAGGAGGUGGGGACAGUGGCCGAGUUUCCAAAACCUGAAGGUUUAAUUGGGAAGACAAUUAGCCGACAGUACCAGGCUCUCUUGCUGUUGCUGAGACCCGUAGCGGAGUCAUGUAUCGGCGGCCGCUGCAGUCCGCGGUCCGACUCGGCAUCAAUGUCACCACGUCCAGAGCCGCCCUCGGAAAGAUCUCAGAACGGGAAGCUUUAGCCAGGGCGCUGUUGGCAUGCCAGCGAGCCAGAGCUUCUUCCAGCACUACAACACAAUGCCGGAGCCUCCACAACAGUCCCCAGCUCUUUAACGUGAAGGAGACUCCCCAGCACUCGGAGGAUGAGGUGGGAUCCUUCACAAAGCUCAUCGAGGCCAUGGGCUUCACCGGACCCCUGAAAUACAACAAAUGGAAAAUCAAGAUUGCUGCCUUGCGCAUGUACACCUGCUGUGUAGAAAGAAUAAAUUACGACGACUUCUUUGAAAGGUGCACGCUUCCAGACACGCUCAACUCGUGGUUCUUGAUAGCCCAGCUGCACGUAUGGAUGUGUCUGGUGCGGAUGCGUCAGGAGGGGCGCGAGGGGAAGUAUAUGUGCCGCUACAUCGUCCACUCCAUGUGGGAGGACGUGGAGCAGAGGUGCAAGAUCAUGGGGAUUGAUGCUUCUCACAGGAAGGAGAGUUUGAAGUCAAUGACGGAGACUUUCUAUGCUGCCAUAUUUGGAUACGAUGAGGGCAUCCUGUCUGACGACAGAGUGCUGGCUGCAGCCCUGUGGAGGAACCUGUUCAACAGAGAGUGUGAGGACCCGCGACAGCUGGAGCUCAUGUUGGAGUACGUCCGCAAACAGAUGCAGUACAUCGACUCCCUGGACGCGGAGGACCUGCUGCUGACCGGGGAGGUGAAAUGGCGCCCCAUGCUGGAGGAGAACGCGCAGAGCAUCCUCAAGGUGGCCACGCCCACCUACAACGACGCCGGCCUCUGAGGCCCCGCCCACUCCUCUCUCUCCUCUGCAUCUCCCAACAUGUUUCCUGUUUGUUUUUGUUUUUUUUCUUCCCCCCCCCCCCCUCUAGUUGCAUUGUAGACAAUCGCCAUGGAGAUCUGAGGUUACUGUAGUCCUAACCUUCAAU